AUGGAAGCUCUGCCUCCUCGACCCGCUAGCAACCCUUCCCUCGACAAGCUCUGGCGCGACCUUGAAGAAGAUGCGGCUCUCCUGAGAUACCUACCUUAUAGGUGCGCCACCUUUGAGCACCAGUAUGAGAUCCCCGAAGCAGCGCCCGAGCGACUCCUGUAUGGCGACAUGCUCGAGAACAAGGAUCAGCUCUGGAUCUAUUUUACCCUCAAUUCUCAUCAUAAGCAAAGGAGCAACUAUGCGAGUAUGUUGACCUUUCAAACUAUCAAAGGUGCUGCAAAUCACGAGGCGAGCGUGCGUCCAGGUACAAUCCAGAAAGUCGCACAAGCAUCAAAGGUAUUCAAGCAUGCACAAGGUUACCAAGCAGUCGAGGCAGUCGCCAAAUAUUUCUUCAUUCAAAAAGGUAUCGACAAGCAACUCCAAUUUCCAGUAUCGUCCGCACCUUUUCGAGAUAGUCUUGUACGCGUAUGCCAACAUUACAAGGAAGUGUUCGAUGAGUUGAAGAGCCAAGAUUCAGGAAGCCGGCGUUCAUCGAUCAUGACUACUGGCGGUAAUCAUGGGAUGGAUCCUGCGCGACCCCACGGCUUUCAAGAGCCCUCGCGCGCAGCUUCAGAGGCUCCCUUCCCAGGUCAUUCUUCGUCAGCUUCUUCGAUGCUUUCUCCAGUCCAGUCACGCCUGUCAUCAAGAGCGCUGUCGCGCGGCUCGUCUCGGGCUAUGAGCCUGAGUGGCGUCGAGGGUCGUAAGCGCCGGCAUAGCGCAAGUCCUGACCAACCCCAGUUCUCCAAGCACCGAGAGUCUCAUACACAGCCAGGGCGAAGCAACGCGAUCGAGGACAAGGCCGGCGGCUUUUCUUCCUACUCACAGCCACCUUCGCCAUUCCUUGUGACUGCUCCGCCUCCUCUUCCCGAGCAUACCCUUGAGGAGAAUAUGGAAGAAGCUCAAGUCAAUGAGAGCAAUCUCGAGUCUGAACAAUCAGUAGGUGAAGGCCAUCUGGGCGACAUCGAUCGAAACACCAUGAUGGAUCAGUACAUUGCACUUAAGGCUCAGGAAGAAGAGCUCGACGGAAGGAUUGGUGACAUGGAGAUGAAGCGUGCUAAUAUUGCUGAUCAGGUCGCAGAGCUUCAAGCGGAUAUGAACGCGAUCGAUGACCGCAAAGGAGACCUGGAAGAAGAGAAGGCUCGCGUGCGAGCGGAGAAGAGGAAGCUACAGAUUAAGUUGGACGAAGACGAGCAUCUUGACUUCGGCUUCGAAGCAGGACGAAGAAUGGAGGCCAAGCGCCAGAGGAUGGAAUAA